CACCCCCCCUUUCCGCUUUCAAGUUUCUUCUGUUGCAAGUUGAUCGGUCUUUUUCGCGGGGAGGGCGCCUUUGCAAGCCACUGUGGGGCGCCAUGGCUUACCCCCCUGGCUAUGGGGGCCCAGGUUCGAAACACAGGGCGAGAGUGCCCGUGAUGCCACAGAACGCAGACGCCCCUCAACUCUUUGACGACACCAGCUCGGCUUAUGGGCCACCGCCGGGGGUUUACCCCGCCCCAGGGAUCGAUAUGGGCUUCAACCAGAUUUUUGCUGACCCGGUGGCCAACGUGGCCAUGGCUUACGGCACCACCAUUGCGUCUCAGGGCAAGGAUAUUGUGCAUAAGGAGAUCCACAGGUUCAUGUCCAUAAACAAGCUGAAGUAUUUCUUUGCGGUGGACACCUCCUAUGUGAUGAAGAAGCUGGCGCUGUUGGUGUUCCCCUAUGUCCAUCAGAACUGGGAGGUUCGCUACCACAGAGAUGUACCCCUCACGCCCCGACAAGAUGUCAAUGCACCUGACCUCUACAUUCCCAGUAUGGCCUUUAUUACCUAUAUUCUGCUGGCUGGUAUGACUCUUGGAUUACAAAAAAGGUUCUCUCCGGAAGUCCUCGGCGUGUGUGCCAGCACGGCCUUCGUCUGGGUGGUGAUCGAGGUGCUUGCCCUGUUGCUGGGCUUGUACCUCGCGACCGUUCAGAGCGACUUGAGCACGUUUGACCUGCUUGCCUACUGCGGCUACAAAUACGUGGGGAUGAUAAUGGCUGUCGUGGGCGGCCUGAUCUUUGGCAGCAACGGCUAUUACAUUGCCCUGGCGUGGGCCUCCUGUGCUCUCAUGUAUUUCAUGGUCCGCUCCUUACGGAUGAAAAUCCUCCCUUCGAUGGUACAAGAGGGCCUGAGCCGGCCGAGCGGGCGGGCACAGAUGUAUGUCACGUUGGCGGCGGCCGCCUUCCAGCCUUUGAUCCUUUACUGGCUGACAGUCCAGUUGGUGCACUAAGCUAGGGAGGGCCGAGGAAGUUUUGGUGGGUAGGGGGCAGAGGAGAGAGUCCUGUCCUGAUGCGUGUGGCCCUGGUUUUGGUGAGGACUCCUCCCUCCCACCCACGCCGAAUGGCAUAAAAUAGUAUUCUUCCAUCCAGUCCCAGGUUCAGAAAAUCAGGGGCGUGUGCGCUCCAUUCCCAACAGGAAUGAUGUUGACUCAGCGAGGCUCGUGCGCCCUCGCAGGAGUCUGCCUGCCCACUCAGCCUGAGAGUGGAGGGAAACUGUCCAAGUAUCUAAGCUUAAUGCUGCUCUGACUGGGCCCCGAGUUCUUGCUCGUGUGGCUAGGAGCAAACUGUCUUCACCUCCGUUCUAGGGAGAGAAUUGGACGUAGGGAGGUUUACACGCAGUUUUACUAUGCAAAUCGUUUGGGAAACAGAAUUGCUGGUGUGCACGUGUGUUGUAUGUCUGUGUAUAUAUAUAUCUUUUUCCCCCCCAUGUGGAACAGUGCCCUGUCUCUCUCCCUCUGCCCUAGCAAUUGGUUUGCUUUUAAGAUUGUUCCGUGGUCAGUGGCAUUUUGCCACCCACCUCUCUCGGCAAGGAGUUUCCUGCUCCCCUGGGCCUGGAUUCUCAAAUCUGCAAUGUCAGAUGGGUUGUCGCCCAUUUCUCUUCCUCUCCCCUUUGCCUUCAUGAAGUUUUUUUGAUUAUUAUUUUUUUAAGGCUACACCUCUUUAAAAUUCUGGCCAGCAAAAGGGUGGGGUGAGUGGCUAGAUAGAAAACCCUAUAAAAUCUGGAAAGUCAAAGAGUUUUUCGCAGUGUUCCUGCCCUCGGGGAAAGGAUAAUUAUUUUCAUCUUUUCCCAUGCGUUCUGGGGAAGGCUUGUUCUUGGAAACAAUGAUAAAAACUGUGCAACCACCAAA